GAUGCAUAAUUACGGUAAGCAUGGAAGCGAGUACUUCUAUCGAUGCGUACGAACAUAGUGUAGCGGAUGUUAUGUAUGUAGUAAAUAAUAUACCAGGGCCUGGGAUAGACGUAGCAGAUUUUGAAUCAGAAUACGUGGUAGGUUGUUCGUGUGUGACUGAAUGCCAUAAUUGCUCAUGUACACGUGGUUCUGCUAAUUAUUCUAAUGCCCGAAUUGUAUAUGAGACACUAACAGGCCCGGUAUUUGAAUGCCAUGCACGUUGCAAAUGUGGGCCGGAUUGUGGAAAUAGAUUAGUACAGAAUGGUCCGUUAAAUUGUUUAAUUGUCAGAGAAGUCGCCGACAAAGGUCUCGGUCUUUUCACGAAUAAACCGAUAAAGAAGGGUCAAUUUAUUUGCGAAUACGCCGGUGAAGUGAUAGGCCUGCAGGAAGCGCGACGUAGAGUCGAGAUUAAUAAGGAGCUCAACGUAAUGAACUACGUUCUUGUGGUGUCGGAACACGCUGGCGAGCGUGUUACUGUAACUUGUAUAGAUCCGAAAUAUUUUGGAAACAUUGGACGCUACGCCAAUCAUAGUUGUGACCCGAAUUCUGCCCUCGUACCGGUCAGGGUGGAGGGAAUCGUGCCCCGAUUAUGCUUGUUUGCGUCUAGAGACAUAGAGAACGGCGAGGAAGUGACUUUUGACUAUGCUGGUGAUGCAAUGGCUAAUUCCGUCCGAAAUCUCAGUGAUACUCCUUGUCUUUGUGGCUCUAAUAAUUGUUAUCAUUAUUUACCACAUAAUCAGAUUUAACAGCUUAAAUAUGUUUAUGUAUACAUAUUGUAAGAAUAACAAAAAGAUUAAAGGGCUACAGGUUCAAAAUUAA